CUGUCACCAUAUUGUUGAAUUAAGCAUUUACAAGAAAAUUCCCACAUUGAGUUGAAUGGAAGCCAAAUUGUUUGAGGCUGCUUGCUCGGGAAAUCUGCAAGCACUUUAUGAUGUAGUUGGACAAUCUGGCGUUGCAGCCCUUCUGAAAUUGCAUUUAUCAGGAAGCGUAGAGACACCUCUGCACUUGGCUUCCAUGUUCGGGCAGGCGGAGUUUGUGAGAGAAUACAUGAAGCUGAGCUCAAUUUCCGCCCACCAACUCUCCCAACUCAAUCAAGAUGGCUGUAGCCCACUGCACUUGGCGUCGGCCGCCGGCCACUUGGAGAUAGUCACAUUUCUGCUUGAGUUCGGGAAGCAGAAAUGUGCUGUCGAAGAGCUGUGCAUGAAGAAAGAUAGAGACAGGAGAACGGCACUACAUUGUGCUGUGGUUAAUGGUAGAAUUGAUGUCGUUGAUGUGCUCCUUGUCAAUUGUCCACAGGCUGCAAAGGAGGUGACUGCUCAACAGGAGACUGUUCUACAUCUUGCGGUGAAACACCACCAGCAGGAGUCGCUUGAGUUCUUGAUUGGCCAGAAACUUGGAUCAUCAGUUGAAGAUUUGUUGAAUGUAGGUGAUCGGGAAGGCAACACAAUUCUACAUCUCGCAACUGCCAACCGACAACUUCAGACGGUGGAGUACUUAGUGAAGCAGCCCAAUUUGAAUGUCAAUGCAGAGAAUUCAUACGGCCUCAGGGCAUUGGACAUCAUGUACGCGUGUGCCCUUAACUCAAAGGAUAUGUAUAUCGAAGAGGCAAUCAGACUUGCAGGGGGUUGUCGAUCACAAUUAGCAGCAACAACUAAUCAAACCAGGCCAUCCCACAACACUCAGAAUACUCCAAAAGGGUCAAUUUGCCUAGCGGACGACUGGUUGAAAGAAUUGAGAAGCGGGAUUAUUGUAAUGGCAUCAGUAUUUGCUACUCUGACGUUCCAAGUAGCAUUAACCCCUCCCGGAGGAGUAUGGCAAGAUUGGGGUUCAAAUGCAACAACCACGUCCAACAGUUCAGUCGUCCCUGCACAUCAACCUGGAGUACCGAUUCUUUAUAAUUUGGAUCCUAAGCAAUUUAAUAAGGUGAUGAGGUUAAAUACAUUAACAUUCAUGAUUUCUGUCGCGACCAUCAUUUUGAUGAUACAACCUUUCAAGAUUCAGUCGCUAGAACCCAGGAAGUUGCGAUAUGUCGUGCUCGCACCUUAUGUGGUUCUGCUCAAUGUUAAUUUUAUGGCAGUGGAAUUUUUGUCAAUCGGGUCUAUCAUGACCAAGAAGUCACUCACGAGUUCACAUUUUUGGCUGACUCGCAUUCCUUGGCUCUUGAUUAUAGUCUUUGCCUUUUUCUUCGGGACUGCCCUAUAUUUCCUACCUCUUCGGCGGGGACCCCGACCAUCCCAAAAUACACAAAGUUCAUCAAAUAGUUCAUCGCAAAAUUCUAGUCCUUACAUUGAAAAAUUUCCAGAUGAAUUGAUGGAGACCAAAUUGUUGGAGGCGGCUUGCUCAGGAAAUCUGCAAGCACUUUAUGAUGUAGUUCAAGAAGCUGGCGCUGCAGUCCUCCUGAAACUGCACUUAUCGGGCAGCGUAGAGACACCUUUGCACCUGGCUUUCAUGUUCGGGCAGGCGAACUUUGUGCGAGAAUACAUGAAGCUGAGCUCAAUUUCCGCCCACCAACUCUCCCAACUCAAUCAAGAUGGUUGUAGCCCACUGCACUUGGCGUCGGCCGCCGGCCACUUGGAGAUGGUCACAUUUUUGCUUGAGUUCGGGAAGCAGAAAUCUGUUGUCGAAGAGCUUUGCAUGAACAAAGAUAGAGACGGGAGAACGGCACUACAUUCUGCUGUGGUUAAUGGUAAAAUUGAUGUCAUUGAUGUGCUGUUUGACCAUUGUCCACAAGCUGCAACGAAGAUGACUUUUCACAAGGAUAGUAUUCUACAUCUUGCUGUGAAACACCACCAGCAUGAGGCGCUCAUGUUCUUGAUUGAUCAAAAAUUUGGUUCGUCGGUUGAGGAUUUGCUGAAUCUGGGUGAUUGGGAAGGCAACACAAUUCUACAUCUCGCAACUAACAACAGACAACUUCAAACUGUGGAGUAUUUAGUAAAGCAGCCGAAUUUGAAUGUGAAUGCAGAGAAUUCAAAUGGCCUCAGGCCGUUGGACAUGUUGUUAGUUAAUACCUCUAACGAAGCACAUAUUGAAGAGACAAUUACACUUGCAGGGGGUUGUCGAUCCCAAAUGGCAACAACAAAUGUCCAGGCCAGGCUGCAACACCCCCACUCUCUGGAUACUUCAUCAACGUCCAUUAGCCAAGCAGACGACACGAAACGGUUGAAGCAAUUGAGAAGUGGGAUUAUAGUAAUGGCAUCAAUAUUUGCUACUAUGACAUUUCAGGUUGUACUAACUCCUCCAGGAGGCGUGUGGCAGGAUUGGGGUCCAAAUGCAGCAGCCACAUCAAAUACUUCAGCCAUCCCUGCACAUAAGCCCGGAGAAUCAAUUCUUUAUGAUUUGGAUCAGAAGAAAUUUCGUAUUCUGUUGUCGUGCAACACACAAGCAUUCCUCGCUUCCAUUGCGACCAUCAUAAUAAUGUUACAGGUUUUCAAGGCCGAGUCCCCAGCAUGGAAGAUGGGGAUAUUUUGUGUCUCCAUUACUGUGGUGUUUGUAGUAGUGGAAUAUUUCGAAAUUGUUCGACUUAUUGUGGGGACGAAGUUGCUUAUGUAUCCAGGUUUUAUUGCACCUCUAAUUAUCUGGGCCCUGAUCCUCGGCGCUGCCAUCCUUAGCUUGAAUCACAAGAGCAUUCUACAGUUUCCGAGGAGGGAUUUUAACACGAGUUCCUCGUCGGGGGAAGCAAUACCAAAUGCAACAAGCGGGAGAAAUAGUCCAUCCGCAAAUUCUCAUCCAUUCUAAGAUUCAUUUAGUGCAAUGAUAUAUCUAUCUAUCUUGUAUCUUGUGAUUUUAUCAUCUUUUAGUUACAGUACAAUUGGACCAUGGGUUUAUAUAAUAAUUCAUUUGGU